AUGGCGUUCAGUAGCGAUGCUGGUAGACAGCCAAAACCCCGGCCCCGCGAAGGUCUGCAGCUUCGGCCGUUAAAUGUCGAGAAAGGGUCAAAAAGAACGCUGUCCGUGAGCGAUGCUGAACGAAAUUGCAGCGCAGAUGACAUUUUCCCUCCGCAGACCGCAACCUGGAGGAACAACUUGAUUGCGCUUUCCCAGCGCCGCAAUCUGUUGUUCGUCGCCUACAGCCACCAGAUCUAUGUCUGGGAGCCAUCUGGGUCAUUUCAGACACUGGGCAACAAGCCUGAGAUGAUCAUCACCCCAGUAAUGAAGGAGCCCCACAGCAGUGGUUAUAUCGCACCAGCUACGCCCCACGCCAUCAACAAUCUCCUUGUGGACGAUCUAGGCCGUGAGGAGGUGCUGCUACUUGUCACGGACUCCGGCAAUGUUUGCGGCUAUCGGGUCGAGGCCAUAUUUUCUGCCCUGAAGCGGGCGGCAGCAAAUAAGCAAGAACGGCCCCUCGAUGGUUCCCAGGUGGAUCCAUUCUUUGUGGAAUAUGUGGAAGCCAGUGCCUGGGGCUUGGCCAUCCACAAAUUUGCCCGUCUCAUUGCUGUGAGCGCGAACACGGGCCUCAUCACGGUUUUUGCGUUCGCGCUUGUCAACCCCGCUUCCGGGGACAGUAGCAACUCGAGCUACCACCCAGAAGACGAUGAUGAUAUCGCCGACUACGGUCAAACCUGGCUGGAGGUCAAGACUAAAGAACAGUUUGCGCAGCUGCAACCUUUGAUGCCGGACAAACAUCGCACGCGAAAUAUCAAACUAACCUAUACUGGCCAUUUCGCUAACAUCCCUUCGGUUGCGUUCUUAAAUUGCGAUCUUGAUCCCAACGGCAACUGGAUGGUUAGCACGGACAUCGACAAUAAGCUGCUUACCUGGAGGGUCUGGGAUCACCUUGGCCCAUUCAGCGUGAAUCAUUUCAACGAUAUCUCCUUCAAGUUCUUCCCAGAAACACUGCGUAACGAUGAGCGUGGUUGGACCGUACUUGCCCUCGACCCGCGAUCCUUCCAUCGGGUCAAGUCUGCAGAGGAAGCUUGCGGUGGCCCACCUCAAAGACGCAUGAAGAACGGCCGAACGAUUUUCGACUUGACCAGAGCAAAUAGUCAGAUACCCAACGCCUCGCAGAUCUAUAACUACUUCCCACCUGCAGUGAAAGUCGAAUUCGAUGAACCGGUUCUACCUGACAUAUUCGGACCCGAUUGUUGCAUUAGCCGAAGAAACAGCAACUCCCAGGCCGCCUGCGCUGACGGCUCACCGGCGGUACUUCGUCGGUAUCCAAGCGAUAUUACGUCCACUGAAUAUUUGGAUACCAGCGGAUAUUCCACAGCAACUCGCGGUGUUCGUCCUUCGGACUCCGCUGAUGCGUUUAGCCAUCGGGCCGUCAACGGCUCUGUAUAUGGGGACAACUUGAGCCGCGACGGCUCUGACGUGGAUUUGAGCACGCAGAAUCCAGGAGGUAAUGGACGUUUCCAGCCACCAGGCGGCACAGACCAGCGAGCUGAUAAUUUUCCUCGUUACCUUGGCCCAGGACCAUUGACAACUCCGGAGUUUCUUCAAUUCGCGCUUAUUGAAGCUCUUGGUGGCGAUGCUCCCGAUACCGAGUACUAUGAUGAUGACGACAUGGAUGAUUACUUGGUCGAGGACACUUACAGUGAUGAUCAAGAGCUGAACAAUGCGGAUAGUGAUUCUUGCGAUGAUAGUGAAAUGUCAGCGAUGGCACAAAUUCCGCAUCCAGCUUUUCAUCCAAGCUCGAAAUUUCCCAUCCUUCACUUCUCACAAACAGAUAUCCGUCUAAUAGCCCAUCCCUUCGCAAAUCAUGCCAGGGUCGUCUGCGGCGACCCUUUACGACAGCCACUCACCCACCCUAUCGUCUCGAUCCGAGCCUGUGAUCGGUUCAACAUGGUCAAGUACAUUCCUGAACAUGGGAUUGUGAUUGCUGCCUCCCAAAAAGGCCGCGCAGCUGUUAUCGCCCUCACUGAAUCCGAGACCACCGGGCAAUCAUUCCGAGUCGACUGGAUUGUACCUUUCGAGAGUCAAGAAAAAUACGGUGACCGUCCCCUCAUCCCUCUCCUAGGCAUGAGCGUCAGCCCCAUCCAAGGAUUUGAGAUCCCACCCGACGUGCCCUACAUCCCGCGGGACGUAAAGGCCCACGACCUCACCUUCCAAUUCAAGUACAUGAGCAAUGACGAGCCCCACACCUCUCUACCGAGCAGCGUCAUACUACAACCCAACCACUUCAGUGACGAGAUCAAUUACCCCCCAGCCGAGCCCAGUGAACCCAGCGAUGACGACCCCCAACAACCACCACUCACCUUACCCGAAUGCCACGCCCGAGCAACCAAUGCGUACCAGCCCGAGGAAAGCUGGCGUGGUUGGAACCCAUCCCGUCACUACCGGUUAAUGCUGAUGUACGCCGACCACACCAUCAUGAGCUACGAGUUCUGGUACAAUUGGAAUACGACAGAUACGGUUCCAAACGGGCCGGAUCUCAACGAGGAGGACUACCUUCUUCUAUAG